AGUGCCUCUUGGCGGCUGUGUGUGGCGGUCGGAAUGAAAGAUGGCGAAGCAUCAUCCAGAUCUGAUCUUCUGUAGGAAGCAGGCCGGCGUGGCUAUUGGGCGAUUGUGUGAGAAAUGUGAUGGCAAGUGUGUGAUCUGCGACUCCUAUGUCAGGCCAUGCACUCUGGUCCGUAUCUGUGACGAGUGUAACUAUGGGUCCUACCAGGGCCGGUGUGUGAUUUGUGGUGGCCCAGGCGUAUCUGAUGCCUAUUACUGCAAGGAGUGCACUAUCCAGGAAAAAGAUAGAGAUGGAUGUCCGAAAAUUGUCAAUCUUGGUAGCUCAAAAACUGACCUAUUCUACGAGAGGAAAAAGUACGGCUUUAAGAAGAGGUGACCUGAUGGAAUCUUUCAUCUUCUACUGAAUGUGGGGACGCUGCGAUGGUCUUGUGUAGGAUGUUUUAAUGUAACUGUCUCAUAAUAUGGAGUGUGGUAUUUGAUGGCAAAAAUCGAACAGCAUGUGUAGGAGGUGUGUGUGUAUACACUAGUUCCUUAUUCUGUCAUUUUUUUAUAUAAUUAGAAUAUUUUCUGUCACUCCCAGCAAAGUGAGUUUGGAAUUAAAUUAACAGAUUUCUGACAGUGGACCUAACGCUUUUUAUAGCUUCAACACCACUGUCUCUUUCUGGGCCGGAACAAUACUGCUCACCAAUCCAAGGUUGUUUUUGUAUUUGCAGCCUUUAAAGUUACCCAGUGUGAGCUGGUUGAGAGUUUAGCAAGCCAGGAUUUAAUUGUUAAGUGAUUCAGUUAAUGGUCAUCACUUCACUUCUGCUGUGGCUGCAAAAUCCUUUGCGUGUUGCAUGUAAGCCUUGGAUGCAGAUGCUUGCUUCUGGACUCCUCCUCGUAACAGAAGAUCGGGUGUUUAAUUUUUUACCUCGAGUUUCAUAUUUGAUUAAUCUUGAGGCCCAUUUGUGGAUUUCACCAAAGUAGUUUCUGACAGCCAUCUGUUUUCCACAAGGGUCAUAUAGUACAGUUCCUGAUAUUUCAAUUGAACAUAUUCAACUGAUGCAUUUUUUUUAUAACUUGCAAAAGGCUGUUCUCAUCAAGAAGUGGUGUGCCAUGUUUGUUAACAGAAAUAUUUGCUGGUUCCCCCAUGUCCCAGGUAAUUACACAGCAGUGCAGAACUACACAGACAGAAUCAGAGACUGCUCAACAGUCUGUUCAGAACUAACUGGCCUCUGGCCUCUGCUGAGGUGCCAGGACUCCCUGGGACCAGAGUGGAGAAAAACAACAGCAAAUAUUCCUGUUCUGGUCACUGUGUGUGUGUGUGUGUGUGUGUAUGUAUACACGUGCGCGCACAUGCUUGAGUGGUCGGAAAGGAUCAAACAAAUACUUGAUUUAUGUCACCGAAUCUCAGUGAUCAAGUUGCAAGACUUGACGUCUAGGAAUCCUUCUCAGUAAUUGUUACUUACAUGUAAUACUAUUGUUGGUAAAUUAGUGCAAAUGGAGUGUUCUACCAGACAGGCAAUUGAAACAAAACUGCUGGGGAUAUUCUGAUUACAGUGAGAUGCUAUGAAAAAUGAAUUGUACUACUUAAGAAGAAUGAACUUUGGGCUUUUUUUGGUGUUCAGUGCUUAUUUCCUGCCUGGCAUGAAUCAACACUUGUUUUGAUAGAGGAAUGCAUGAUUGCAGGCCUUGAUCUACUGAUUACUCAGUAAUUCUGCAAAGUACUGCCCCCAAAGGAAGUGGAGGCAGUUGCCAAUGUUUCAACUAGAGUUGAAGGAAUAAAUCAAAUUUUCAGUUUGGGAGCCAAUCCUGGGAAAACCAAAUUGCAGAGGUGACCCAGCAUAUGGGCUGGCUGUUUCUGUGAGCAAACUACUUUGUGAAACAGCCUGCCUGACAAUCACGCUCUCCUUAUUUUAUGCUUUGUGACUUGAUUUGGUAGUGGUACAACUUAUUAAUGAGAAUUUUUGUUUUACAUGCCAGUUAGAGAUCAGUUUUUUAUAUAUAAAUGCAGUACCUUUUUCCCAAUCCCUUUAUCCCCUUUGAUUAUCUAACUUGCUAUGAUAUUGCUGCACAGUGCCUGUCUUCCUGGUUGGGGAAACUGGAAGAAGGAAGGCUUCCAUUGGUGCCAGAUAUCCUGUGUUAAGGCAUGCCCUGUAUUGACUUCUACACAUCCCUCUUCUGGAUGCAGAUAAUCUCAAACAAGUUUAGAUAAGUGCAGUUAAGAUGGGGCCAUGAUUGAGGCAUUUUGUGACAGUAAGUUUUGUUUUAAAGUCAGCCAAAGGUGAUGGGAAUAUUCUGAUGAGUCUGUGUGGAGUUUACUACUUAAACUGUUAUGAAUUUGCAGCUUUUUGCUCUGUUUUCAGUACAAGGGUAUUGAGUGGUUAAAACCAUUGGUUUUUUAAUGGAAACGUGAUGUUUGUGUCUCUGUAUCAAAUCAGAUCAAAAUGGAAACUUAUUUUCUCCCAGGAGUUUCUUUAGAAUUUACUUAUUGACCAUUUGUGCAGAGGUUUGAAGAUGUGUGUGAUUUGUUGUUGUUUGUUACACAGCUGCUGACUAGUUUAUACCUCCAAAUAAAUGUGUGCAAGUGUUCCACUUUCUGGAAACCAGUUUUGGUUGUUGGGUAGGACAGAAACGAAAUUCUUUGUGAGCCCUGAAAGAUUGACCGCGUAGGCUUCAGUUCUAUUUGAAGUGCCUCCACUUUCACUUGAAGAUUAUGUUUGAAUGCUUUUAAUUAUUGGGCUGUGAUUGUUACCAUUUUUUAAAAAAAUAAAUCUGUUUCUUUUC